CCCGAAGCUUACAAUCAGAACGUAGCGGCAGCUUAUAAUCAAAUCAGUCCUCCCUCUCGAAGUCCUUCCGGACCCACUUAUACACAACUGAACUCUACUCCAGGAUCCAGAGGAAUGUGGGGCCAGUGGCACAACAGCGCCGCACCCGACGCUCCCACCACUUCUGCGUCGUCUGUGAGCCAUCCCUCCACUCACGGCAACACAUCGGCUCCAAAUCACGGACCCGGAGGACCACAUCAACCCCAGGAACUGUCAGAUAUGCUUCAAAUGCUCGGACAAUCGGAACCGACAUCUUUUGAAGAGUUAUCAAUGUUUAACACAUUCACCGAAUGAUUGAAUGAAAUCUUGUGAAAACUUAUGCA